AUGCUUGGAAAUUUACAACUGGAAACUCAACCUCUGAAGAAUGUACUAGAUCAAUACAUUGCCGAGAUUAAUUCCAAAAUAUCAGGACAAAACUUUAAAAUUGAAAGGAAAACUCAUGAAAUAACAGGGGACUUGUAUUAUAUAUUUAUCAACACGUUAUCCGACGAGAUUGUACAAGAAAGUUCAGUUUACACGACAGCUGAACUAACAGUAAUAAAAUAUUUAAUUAGAAAUAUAAUUGAGGCCAGUGAUUAUCGUUGUUCGUUGGCUAGAGUCAAUGCUAAUCAAACUAUUUCAACUAAUACAAACAAGAAUUUAAUGGAAGCAGACUCAAUGGUUGAUAGAUUGAUAGAUGAUGGCUGGUUUAUAAGCACCAUCGAUGACAGAUUGAUGUUGUCUAUCAAAACACUUUGUGAGUUGAAAGAAUAUUUAAUUGAAACAUAUGGGGUCAAUGGUGAUGAUACUGAUGCCGAUGGCAAGGUGUUGUUGUGUACACAAUGCAAAGAAAUUGUCACAUUGGGCUGGAUUAUACCUUCUGGUAGUAAACCAUUUCAUAGAAAAUGUUACGAUGUAUAUUGCAGAACAAAUCAAAUCUACCCCGAAGAUGAAUCUGAUUUGUUACGUGUUGGUCCAGAUCCUUCUACAUUAUAA